GUGAAGGCGUGCGGCCGACGGGCACCCCAUGACCUCGCCAUACCCUCACGCCUCAUCUGAUCACAUCUCAUCCCCCAUUUUCUACAUUUGACACUCUCCCUCUCCUCAUCAUGACUGAGACGCCGCAGGACCUGGAGCUCAGCCCCAGGCUGCUGGAUGGGUGUGAGGACUCGGGCCGCUACACGGUGGUUCCCUCCGUGGUGUGCUCCAUGUGCUGCCUCUUUGGCGUCAUUUACUGCUUCUUCGGCUACCGCUGCUUCAAGGCUGUGAUGUUCCUGACCGGCCUGAUGUUUGGCUCCGUGGUUAUCUUCAUGCUUUGCUACAAGGAGCGCGUGCUGGACACCCAGCUGAGUGUGGAGGCUUCCGUGGGCAUCGGCCUGGGCAUCGGCACGCUCUGCGGCCUGGUCACCAUGCUGGUUCGCAGCGUGGGCCUCUUCAUGGUGGGCCUGCUGCUGGGCCUGCUGGUGGCCGUCGCCACGUUGGUGGGCAUGGAGGAGCUUUCCGACAGCCCGCCACGCUCCGUCUGGGUGCCGCUGGGCGUGCUGCUCGGUCUGGGCAUGCUUUUUGCCGUCCUCACCCUCCAGUGGCAGCGCAUCUUCACCACACUGUCCACGGCGGUUUUCGGUGCGGCCGUCAUCACUGUGGCGCUGGACUACUUUGUGGAGUUCUUCGCGCUCGUUUUCUACACGUAUGAGCGCAUCAAAGCCGUGCCUGGCAAGCCGGUUUGCUGGAUUACGUGGGUGGUGCUGGGGGUGUGGCCCGCGCUCACCCUGCUGGGGGUCAUGGUCCAGUGGAAGGUGACUGCCGAGGGCUACUCACAUACCAAGGUCGUCAUCAGUCGUCAGCAGAGGAGGAUGCAGGUGAUGCGGAUUCGUCAAAGGGACGACCGCUACCGCCACAAGAAGAAGAAGAAGAAGCAUCAGGGCUCCUCCAGUCAACAGCAAGCCAAGCAACUCCAGCAGGACCCCGCCUACCGCCGCAAGCCCAACCCUAUACGCCGCUAUGACACUGAUGUCCUCUCACCGAGUUACAUUCAGAGUUUCCGAGAGCGGCAGGUGCAGGCGCAGCCUUUCCCGCGACAGUUCUUUGGUGGGCCACAUGCUGCAGUGGAUCUGGGCUACGACCGUGGCUCCACGCCACCCGCUGCAGGACCUUCACUACGAACCUAACGCCACCUGGACUCUUGAACCGGCAGUUCCGUACAGUGGAUGGGAAACAUCUACUGAUGACAACCUCUCGCUACACACACACACUAUACACACACACACACACACACUCCUACCUGAGGGUUGGCAUCUGUUCCAGCACCUCACACUGGAUCAGGGAUCACAAUGCAGACUCACUUCAGGCACAAGCGUCAUCCUAACUGGUGAUGCUCAGCCGGCAGGUCGUCCUAUCUCCGUGCCAUGUAGACUCCAUAGCCACCUUCUCAACGGGUUUUGCCCCACUUGGUGCUGGACCAUAAUGUCUUUAAGUGGAUUUUGCCGUAACGGGUGCCUUGUCCCUUCCUGUGACGGGAAGGGAUGUUACUGGCAGGUCUCCACGGGCGAGCUACAGGGUCACAUUCAGGGGUUACGUACCUUGAAGGUUACCAAACGCAAGAAAGCCAUAUGUACAGCGGCACCCCGCCACAACUCACUUACAGUAAGAUCCUAAAAUGAAUCACACAGCUUCAGGACCCCAAAGAUCAUCUCUACCAGGCUCGAGUAGACACAUUGGCUUGGAGGCGUCGCUCCGUCCCAGCCUCCAGUUGAUGUUGACAUCACUGUGCUGGAGACGUGAUGAACAAGGCAAGGGUGUGAGCAUCGUAUUUACACCGUCACUGUAAAAAAAAAAUGUCUUGACCUUAAUAAUAGAAAGAGAGAAUGUACAAAAUGUUUGCAUGAGCUCCACCUUGAGCGUGGCUUCCUUUAGCCUCCAAACACCCAGCGAGACUUUUACCUUCACCCGACUUUGUACAGAAGAACCUUUUUUUCUCUUUGAUUUACCACCUUCCUAUGAUAGUAUUUUUUAAGCUGUUUUCCGAUUUCAUGUGGUUAUAUUCCGACAUUAAAGCAUGCCUCUGUGCUGUCAGUGUGUGUCGUCUCGUGACACCAAGCCACACACACACACACACACACACACACACACACACACACUGUAAGAUGCUACACAAACUUUGGUUUAUUUAUUAAAGUGGCACUUGUUUACGUCAGCAUUUUUUGUUUUGUUCUUUUUUCUACAAGAUCGGCGCAUGUACGAAAGC